AUGCAGGAAAAUAAGUUUGAUGUACUUGCCGUGUCGGAAUCUUGGCUUACGGCCAGUGUGAGAAAUGAAGAGGUUGAAAUUUUCGGAUACAGUCUAUCUAGAUUGGACCGGCGAGGGAGAUCCGGUGGGGGUGUGUGUGCCUAUAUCAAGAGCUCGUUGAAAAAAAAGGUGCUUAGGGAUUUAACAGAAAUUUCAGAAUCUGGUUUUCAUCAGUUAUGGUUACAAAUUCAGCAUAAAAAAUUGAAAUCUUUUCUAUUAUGCGUUUGUUACCGACCUCCAGAUAGUCCUGUAUCUUGUUUUACCAAUAAUUUUAUGGAUAAUUAUAUCAAAGCACUCACUUUUGGUAAAGAUAUCAUAAUUGCUGGAGACUUAAAUUGCGACUUGUUAAAGACAGCUCAAGAGGCAAAGGUUUUGAAUGAUUUUUGUCACUGUUUAAAUUUGACACAGUUAAUUGAUAAACCGACGAGGGUCACGUCACGUUCGUCAACGCUUAUUGAUGUCAUGAUGACUUCAAAUAAAGAUUUGAUUGCAGAAAGUGGAGUGCUUGAAACCUACAUUAGUGAUCAUUUUCUGGUUUACUGUUCACUCAAACUAAAGUUGAUAAAACCGCUGUUUAAAACCGAUAUCACUGCAAGGAGUUAUAAGCAUUACGACCGAAACCAAUUCCUCUGUGAUUUGGCAUGUAUUCCGUGGCAUGAGAAUUUAUUUGUUGAAAAUGUAAAUGAUAAACUGUCGCAUUUUGAUAGUAAUUUUCAAAAUGCAUUGACUAGGAAUGCACUAAUUAAGACAAUGAAAAUAAGACAUCGACAAGUACCAUUUGUUGACGAUGAGAUCAAAGAACUGAUGAAAAAUAGAAAUAGUUACACAAAUUUGCUCGUCUAA